CACAUUGUUCUUCAAAAAAGAUAAUACUCUUCCAAAUAGUUCGAGAUUAUCUGAAAGAUUUUAAUCAUGGAUAGUCAUGUAGUACGUUCUCAUGUUGAAGGUGAAGAAGAGGAACACCAUGAGAAGAAGUCGGUUUUGAACAAAGUGAAGGCGAAAGCGAAGAAGUUGAAGGAGACUAUCAAGGGGCAUCAUCACGACCAUGAUCAAGAAGGCCAACAAACUCCUGAUGAUCAUGAUCCGGAUGAGGAAGAUGAUGAAGAUGACGAUCCAGAAGUUCAUGGUGUACCGAUAUAUGACUCGGCAGCUAGGAGGACUGAUGCUCCUGUGCAAGGAGACAUCUUGAAGGUGCCUAUGAGGAACUUUGGAGACACUAGAGCAGGGCGUGAUGAAUAUGAUCCUAAAGUUCCAAGGGAUAGAACUAAUGCCAAUGUUAGUGAUCCAAUGAGGUCUAAUGUGCCUGGGCUACAUGGAACUACAGAACAUGGUGCAAUGCACAACUCUGGAACGACUAGAAGAACUGAUGCUCCGGUGCAGGGAGGCAUUCAUUUCGGAGCGACGCACCAUGAACAUGAUUCUGCAAUGCCAGGAGAGAGGACUAGUGUGGGAUAUAGUGGUCCGGUGAGUGAUUUUGUGCCUGGUCGACAAUAUCGAACUACCAUUGGGCAUGAAGAUCUGUUGGGAGGAGCAAGGACCAAACUGGUUGGUCCAACAACAGGGCCUGUGCUUAAGCAUGAAGAACCAAAGGGAAUGUUUGAUGCAACUGGGGGAGGAACUCAUACGCCACGCAACACUCCGGUUUCUUCUCUUCCGCAUCAUGGAAAUUACAACUCUAUUACUAUGGAUGUUGACUCAGGCAAGACUUCUGGCUCCAGGCAAGUAGGGAAUUUAGGGCAGACUGGGGACAAUCUGGGAAAGACUGAUGUUCUAGGGGAAGAGACUCCUGUGCCACAUAGAAUCAGUGGAACUUACAAGAGUACCAUGGACGUUGUCCCGAGGCAGACAUUUGUUUCUGAGAAAGGAGGGGAUUCAGAUCAGUCCAGAGUGAAUCUGCACCGACCUCGAGGAUUUGAGGAAGAUCCUCAUGCACCUAAGGUCAAUCCUGAAGCUUACUCUCCUUCGAAUUAUGAGACCAAGGUCACUGAUCCCACCAAAUCUGGUGGUCGGGAAAUUGGAGUCACACCAAUGCUUCAUUCUUUUGAUAAGAUGAACCUACAUGGAGAUGAUCGCCAAUACUUGAACGAUGGUGGCAAUCAGAGCCAGUCCACCAGAAGCCAUGAACAAUUUUCACCUGAGAACCAGGGCACUAGCUACACUGAAACAAUCUCAUCCGCCACUUCAGCCAUUGCUGACAAGGCAAUUUCGGCAAAGAAUGCAGUUGCUUCCAGGUUGGGGUACGGUGGGACUGAGACUGUUCAUGAUGACUACUCAAGAGGCUACGUCACUGGUGCUGGGAAGUCUGGUUCAUCACAUCGUCAACAUCAGAACCAAGUACUUGAUCCAUCUACUAACCAAUCGAAACCCGCUGAGACUCCGCAGGUCCGAGGAACCAUAGAACCCGAGCACAACACUGCAGCUGAUCUCAAACCAUCAAACCAGACCGGCGGAACCUACACUGAGAGGAUUUCAUCUGCCACCUCUGCCGUAGCUGACAAGGCCAUCUCUGCGAAGACUGUUGUUGCUUCCAAGCUUGGAUAUGUGCCUAGCGAUCAGGUGCAUGAAGUUAGAGAUGUCACUCACACUAAUGUGCCUACUGGAACAACUGCAGCCGAUCAACAUGGCAAGACAAUUACCUCUACAGUUGCGGAGAAGCUAACACCGGUGUAUGAGAAAGUUGCUGGGGCGGGGACUGCUGUGAUGUCUAAGAUUCCAGGAGUGAGUAGUGCUAGUACUGACAGGGAUACUAGCGCGGGGGCUGUUGGUCAAGCCGGGCAGGACAAAGGAGUGUCAGUGAAGGACUAUUUUGCGGAGAAGCUGAAGCCUGGAGAGGAGGACAGAGCACUUUCAGAGGUCAUAAGUGAGAAACUCCAGAAGCAUAAGCCGGGUGUGAAGGAACAUGCAGGGCACUCUGCUGAUGCUAGGCCAAUGGGGAAGGUGACAGAGUCUCAAGAGGUGAGGCAGCGUUUGGGGACUGACGAGGGGAAUGAGAACUUUGUGGUGGAAAAGAUUAAGGCCUCUGUUGGUUCAUUGCUUGGUGGUACUAAUAAAAGUGAUGAAGGUCAGCGAGGGCUCUCUAGCCGAUCUGCUGCUACCGGGGAUGAAGAUAGGAGCGGCGUUUGUAUGGUGGAGCACCGAAGGCUACAGGAAAACUGAAGGGUGAUUACUAGUAAGACUACGGUGAAUAAGCAACUAAGUGUUUGUUUUGUGUAAAAUUUAAAAUUACUCACUCUGUUGUGAUUUUCCUAGACAAUGUUACUCCUGUCAAGCUUUGUGUAUGUUGUUUCUGUUUGCAAUGCAAGUGUUUGUGAUGUACGAUACAGUAUUGAUUGAAAAGGACAUAACGUAACGUAUGAGUCUGAUGUAUGUCUAAUGAAAUUUGGGUUUGUUCAGU